AUGUCAAGAGUAUCAACUCCUGGCUCAAGACGCACUAAUGCCAAAAGUCGUCGACACAGUGAGCUUGUUGAUAGCUCCACUGAAAUCAAUGAUAAUGAAGAAGCACAUAAUGAAUCUGAAGAAUCUCCGGAUCCAAAGAGAAGGAGAAGCACAAGGAAUAGUGAGAUCAAUUACUCGUUAACCAAAAGGAAUGCUAGAUCGAACGGCAAAUCUCAUAUCAAAGCUGAAAAUCAGCCCGAAGAAGAGAUAAUAGUGAAGAAAACAAAGGAUGCUACGCUUAUUGAAGAUACAAAAAAAUUGGAAAGGCACCGUUCUGAAGAAUCCAAUCUAUCUCAAGUUGAUAAACUAGGGAAAUUAGCUGCAAAACACUCACUUUUGACUCAAGAACUCUUUCAUCUACAGCAAUUUACAUCAUUAGCAUCAUGGGAUCCCACAGCUCCUCCACCAAAGUAUUACCAAGAUUUUGUUGAAGAAAAUUAUAAUUUAUGGAGUGAUGAAGGCAAAAAAGUGCCCAAUGGUGGUGAUUCUAACCAUCGUUCAUCAAGAAGAUCAAGACAUAGCUCUAGAGUAAACCAGGAGGAUUCACUGAAAUCAAGAGUUGACGAAGCCGCUACAACAUUUGCUGAAGAGAUAUUCAAUCCAGUAAAGUAUUAUCAAGAUCAUUUUAUAAUAGCAAAGCAUAACGGCGUCAAAUCUUCAAUGAAAAGACCAAUGAUAAUACAACCUGUUUCUUCAUCAGAACGUUCAAAAGUUAAAGAAGAAGAAGUUCAAACACCAGCACGUCGAGGAAGAAAACCAAGAGUUCAUAACAAUACACCUCAACCAAAAAGAGCUUAUAGAAAAAAGAUAAAGCAAGAACAGGAAGAUGAUAAUGAUAGUGAAGAGGUCAUCGAUGAAGAUGAUUUGAAUAAUCUUAGUGAUUCAACCGAUUCAGAGUUUGAUGUCGGGUCCCCAGAACCGUACAUCACAGAUGGUCCAAUACCGAAAAUCAAAGUCAAGCUAUCAUUACCAAAAGCUACAAUAACAAACCCUGAUCAUAUUGCCAAACCUGCAUUCGAAUCUUUGGAAGAAUACUUGAACUCGUACAAAUCACUAGAUGAAGAUGUGACAAAUCAAGAGUAUGAAGAACACAUUCAAGAUCAACAACAAUUACUUUCCAAGAUUAAGAAAGCUGUUGGUAAUAAUGUUUUGAAAAUUGAUGAUGAUUUUUCUUUUUCAAAAGUUCCCCCACCAUUCCCGUUUAGAAAUCCAUUAUUGAACCAACAUACACAUCAUGAUCAUUUAGUUGCACAAGCUGUUCAUAUGUCAAAGUUAUUCGAAAAUUCAAGAAAAGCAAGAAUUCAAAGAGCACGAAAAGUCGCCAAUAUGAUUGAGGUUCAUUUUAAAAGAGCUGCUGGAGCUGCUGAUCGUGCCAGAAAAGAAGAGGAAAGACGUAUUAAGACACUAGCUAGAAAUGCUGUCCAGGUUGUUAAAAAAAGAUGGAUGUUGGCUGAAAGAGCUUACAGAAUUUUGAAAAAUCAAGAAGCUGAAGAAUUGAGACGUAUCAAAGGUAAAGAACAUUUAAGUCAGAUGUUGGAGCAUUCUACACAAUUACUUGAGGCACAAAUGACUAAACAGAGUGAUAACGAAGAUAAUGACAGUGAUGACGAAAAUAAAGAUAUUGAUAUGAUUAGUAGUGAUGGACUUAAUGAUGGGAACCUCAAUGGUGCUGCCAAUGAUGAAGAUGAUGCUAAUUUGACAGUUGAAGAACUAAGAGCCAAAUAUGCACAUUUGCAAGAUCUAGAAAUUGACGAAGAGGAGGAAGAAGAAGGAGAACAAGAAGAAGAGGAGGAAGAAGAAGGAGAACAAGAAGAAGAGGAAGAAGAAGAGUCUCCAAUCGAAGUUCCAGAAUUAACUGAGAAGGAGAAAGAAGCAGUUAAACUUGCUAACGAGGAUGAGGACUCGUUGUUAGACAGUGACGAUUCUCUUGAAUCUGAAUCCAGUGAAGAAGAGGAAUCAGAAGAUGAGUCAGGAGAGGAAGAAGACUCAAAACCUAGUGGAUUGGCCGCGUUGUUUGGUAAAGUUACACAUGAAGAAAGUGAUGAUGAAUCGGUUACAUCCUAUAAAUCAGAUGAAGAAUCUGAGAACGAAUCAGGGUUGGCAGAGGAUGAUGAUGAGAAGAAACAAGUCCCAAUAUCAAGCCCUACCCCUGAUGCUAUUGAAAAUUCAGAGGUUGAUUCAACAAUCCAAGAUGAUUCCAAGAAAUCAAGAAGCGCAUCACAUGAGCCUAGUGAUGGUGUAGUUGAUGUUCCUAAUCCUGAUUUAUUAUUGAGGGGUGACUUGAGAACUUAUCAAAAACAAGGUUUGAAUUGGUUGGCUAGUUUAUACAACAAUCAUACAAAUGGUAUCUUGGCUGAUGAAAUGGGUCUUGGUAAGACUAUUCAAACUAUUAGUUUAAUUUGUUAUCUUGCAGUGAAUAAAGGUAUUUGGGGUCCACAUUUGAUUAUUGUGCCAACUUCUGUUAUUUUGAAUUGGGAAAUGGAAUUCAAAAGGUUUGCUCCUGGUUUCAAAGUUAUGGUUUAUUAUGGUAGUCCACAACAAAGAAAGGAAAAAAGAAAAGGUUGGAAUAAACCUGAUACUUUCCAUGUUUGCAUUACUUCAUACCAAUUAGUGUGUCAAGAUCAACAAAUAUUCAGAAGAAAACGUUGGAGAUACAUGAUUUUAGAUGAAGCUCAUAAUAUCAAGAAUUUCAAAUCUAACCGUUGGAAUGCAUUAUUGAAUUUCAACACUGAAAACAGAUUAUUGCUAACUGGUACUCCAUUGCAAAACAAUAUCAUGGAAUUGUGGUCUUUGUUAUAUUUCUUGAUGCCUUCCACCAAGAUGAAUCAAGCAAUGCCAUCAGGUUUUGCUAACUUGGAUGAUUUCCAACAAUGGUUUGGUAAACCAGUUGAUAAGAUUAUUGAAGGUGGUGAUAAUUCAGAAGUUGAUGAGGAAACUAGAAAGACUGUUCAUAAAUUACAUCAAGUGUUGAGACCGUAUUUAUUGAGACGUUUGAAAGCUGAUGUUGAAGCUCAAAUGCCUGCUAAGUACGAACAUGUUGUUUAUUGUCGUCUCUCCAAAAGACAGUACAAGUUGUAUCAUGAAUACUUGGCAAGAAGUGAUACUAAAGAGACUUUGAAAAAUGCAAACUAUAUUUCAAUUAUUAAUGCCUUGAUGCAGUUGAGAAAAGUUUGUAACCAUCCUGAUUUAUUUGAAGAAAGACCAAUUACAACUUCGUUUGCUGUUCCAGUUGCCAUCCCAACUUAUUAUGAAACCACUAAUCAGAUUGUUGAAAAACUGUUUCAUGCCAAUGACCAUUAUGAAAAAGUUGACUUGUCAGUCUUAAAUCUGGUUUUCACGGCAAUUGAAUAUCAACUAACGAGCCAUCAAGGAUCCACGAUCAAGAGAUUAAGACUCGAGAAGACAUUGGUUGAUCAAAUCACAACUUUAGAGGAAGCCCUUUCAGCUUCAGUUGAUCCAAACUUUUCCAAUAUCCAAAAUUUUUAUCAAUACUCAAAGUACCAUGAAAGAUUAGAACUAUUGGAAAAUUUAAAGCAAGCAUUAUACCUUAAUAAUUUAAGAACUGAUAAGAUUCCUGAAUACGGUUAUAAUUUUAUCAAAAUGUUGAAUGUUUUCAAACCAGUUGAGCUUGAUUUUUCGCCAAAGGAAGAGUUCAUCAAGCCCUUAGAAACAAGAAUACUGUCAAUGAAGGAUGAUAUUGAUAGAUUUGCAUUUGUUACACCUGCAGUUGUCACCAUGAAUAUGAAACACUUAACGGUCACUAAAGAAUUGGAGCAAGAAUUAACUUCUAAUGAUUGUCAAAUUGCUAAUCCAUUCCAUAAGUUACAAACUAAGCUUUCAAUACAAUUUCCUGAUAAGAGUUUAUUGUUAUAUGAUUGUGGUAAAUUACAAAAACUGGCCAAAUUGCUUCAACAGUUGAAAGAUGGUGGACAUCGAGCUUUGAUCUUCACCCAAAUGACCAAAGUCUUGGACGUUUUGGAACAAUUUUUGAACAUUAUGGGUAUCAGAUAUAUGAGAUUGGAUGGUGCUACAAAGAUUGAAGAUCGUCAAAUCUUAACUGAGAGAUUUAAUUCAGAUCCAAGAAUUACGGUGUUCAUUUUAUCAACAAGAUCUGGUGGGUUAGGUAUUAAUUUGACUGGUGCUGAUACUGUUAUUUUCUAUGACUCUGAUUGGAAUCCUGCAAUGGAUAAACAAUGUCAAGAUCGUUGCCAUCGUAUUGGUCAAACAAGAGACGUUCAUAUUUAUAGAUUUGUCAGUGAAUAUACCAUUGAAUCUAACAUUUUGAAGAAGGCAAAUCAGAAAAGACAUUUGGAUAAUGUUGUUAUACAAGAAGGUGAAUUUACUACUGAUUAUUUUGGUAAAUUAUCGGUCAAGGAUUUAAUUGGUGACGAAGUUGGUGAUUCAAGCAUUUUGGAUACUAAACCACUAUUUGGUGACUCUACAAAAAUUGGUAAUGUUUUAGCUCAGGCUGAAGAUGAUGCUGAUGCACAGGCUGCUAAAGAAGCAAUGAAAGAAGUUGAUUUGGAUAACGAGGACUUUAAUGAAGAUAAGUCAACCCAAGUGAACUCUACAAGUGCCACACCUGGCGUAAAUAAAGCUGGCGUUGUGGAUGAUGAUGAAUUUGACGAUGAAAGUUUUGGUCAUAUUGAUGAGUAUAUGAUCAGAUUCAUUGCCAAUGGUCACUAUUAUGAUUGA